UGUGCCCUGACUGGGGAUCGAACCUGCAACCUUGGUGUAUCUGGAGGACACUCCAACCAACUGAGUUACCCUGGCAGAGCUUUUCUUGGGUAUUGUACUUAAGCCUAGAUUGGUCAUCGCUGGGUUGUGUUUGAGCAGUGUUAUGCUGAAACAUACUUUGGGCUUGGGGGAACUCCUCCUGGGUCUAUAUUGACAUCUAGAAACCAAAGGGUUCCUUUUGCCCUGGGCUAGUGCUUAGCCUUUCCAACCAAAUAUUGAUAUCUGAACUAAUCCCAAGGGUUUUUUCCUGAUGCUGUGUUCUAAGAACAGAAUGCUGCCUUAGUGAGAGAGGUCCAGGAACUAGUAGGCUUCAUCUUUCUUCAACCUGCCUGGCCUUUGGCAAGUAUGGGAGUGUUGACAGCGUUCUGAGCCUUCUUGGCAGAAAAGGAAGGUCAGAAAGAGAGGUCGAUAGGCAGAGGGCCAGGUCCCUGCUUGCUUCCUUAGUGAGAAUUAAGCAUGUCUGGCUGGCAGGCCACACGUAAUUACAGAGACACAGCAUUUCAGCAGUUGGCAAGGAAAGUGAUAGGAAGGGACAGCUUCGAGUCAACCACAACCUGGAUCUGAGGAGGUCAAACUCACUUCACUUGGAAGAAAUAGAGAAGAAGGAAGCUGAGGGCUUAGCAAGUCCCCAGGUAUCAGUGGACAGGCCAUGGCUCCACGGCCCCGGCGACGAAGGCACAAGAAAUCGUCCUCAUCAGUGGCUCCCACAGCUGUGACCCAGCCUGCAGCUGUGACCCCUCCCACAGCUGUGACCCCUGUGCCUUUGACCCUCUCAAAACCUGGCCCUAGCAUUGAUGCACUUGGCUUCUACUCCUUGGACAAUAAUGUUCCUGGCCUAUCCCAGCUGAUUCUUCAGAAGCUGAACAUGAAAAGCUAUGAAGAAUACAAGUUGGUGAUAGAUGGGGAUACUCCUGUAUCAGGCUUUGGAUUUCGAUGCCCUCGAGAAAUGUUCCAGAAGAUGGAGGACACGUUCCGAUUCUGUGCUCACUGCAGAGCGCUCCCCAAUGGCCUUUCAGACUCCACGGUCCUCCGGCACUGCAAGAGGUGCAGAAAUGUCUAUUACUGUGGUCCAGAGUGCCAGAGGUCAGAUUGGCCCGCCCACAGGAAGGUUUGUCAAGAGCUGCGUCUUGUAGCUGUGGACCGUCUCAUGGAAUGGCUUCUGGUCACAGGAGAUUUUGUCCUACCCGCAGGACCCUGGCCAUGGCUUCCGGAAGUUGUACAGGGCUGGGACACCUGGUUUUCAAUGCGGCACCUACAGCUAGAUGCUAUACUGGCUGCUGUGCUAGGUAGUCAUGCCAUGACCACCCUGUGGGCCAGUGCAGGGAGGCCGAGGCCAGACCCAGAUGUCCUGCAGGGCUCUUUGAAGCGACUCCUGACAGAUGUCCUGUCACGGCCUUUGACCCUGGGCUUGGGGCUUCGGGCCUUGGGAAUAAAUGUGAAGAAGAUCGGAGGGAGCACAGUGCAUGUAGUUGGUGCUUCCCACGCGGAGACAUUUCUCACGCGCCCCGGGGACUAUGAUGAGCUUGGUUACAUGUUUCCUGGACACCUUGGCCUCCGUAUAAUAAUGGUGGGUGUAGACGUCGCUACUGGCUUUUCACAGAGCACCUCAACUUCACCUGUGGAACCUGGCACAGUUCAGCUUAGUGGCCAUAGGGGCCUCUACCAUAACUUCUGGGAGGAGCAGGUAGAGUCUGGGCGGACAGCCCAUCCAGAUUUGGUGGUGGCAUUCCAUCCAGGUUUUCACGCUUCCCCAGACUUGAUGGAGGCUUGGCUGCCCACCCUUCUGCUACUUCGAGAUUAUGAAAUCCCUACAUUGAUGACUGUUUACAGCCACCAGGAGUUGGCAGCCUCUUUGCAGAUUCUGGUGGACCUGGAUAUACACAUCAUUGCCUAUGGAGCCAACCCUUUCACGUCCCUCAAACCUGAACAGGUCUAUUCCAACCCCAACAAGCAGCCAGUUUACGGCAGCGCCUACUAUAUCACGUUUCUUGGGAGCUCCUGCCAGCUGGAUAAGAGGCAGCUGGAAGAGAAAGUAGAUGGUGGGGAUUGAAUAGCUGAGCCAGAUUCUCACUGGAUGCCCAGAAAAGGGGUGGCUGAUAAAAUUACCCUGCUGAUGCCCGUUUAUUGCCAACAUUAAACCUCAUUGUCCAAGUAAAGCUUCUACGCAGCAUGGGAACUCCUAUAUGAUGUGACUCAUUUCUGAGAGGUUAGCCACAGGCAGCUUCUAGAGUUGGGGUUCUAGCUUCAGUGUGCGGCAAGAGGCCUCGGUGUCAGUCUUUCCAGAGCCUAAAGUCCUAACAGUUUCCUUUGUGCAAAAGUUAUACCUUUUGACUUGAACCAGAUGGCACCAAGGAGAAGCAUGGCACCUUAUUUUGAAAGACUUCUUGUCCAGCAAUUUGGUCUAAAAAAUGGAGAGGUGUUAAUGACUUGAGGUGGUGCAAGAAGGGGCAAGUCAGAGAAGUGGUUGGGAACCUGGGGAGGUUGUGAGGAUUGGCACACUGUUCUAUUUCUUGGCAUUUUCAAGAUAAGUAUCUCAUGUUUGUAUUUUCUGUUGGGGACUUUUAACCCUAGAGCAAGCAGCAUUUUGCCCUGGCAUUAUAUUUUAGAUAUUCCAGUUAUAUCAGACUUUACUUAAAUAUACUUGAGUUAUUUGUUAUCAUCUGGUCUAUACCACAAUAAACUCAGUUUGGGGCAUCUUAA